UAUUGCCCCCACUACCUCCACUCCCAUCAGUCUGCAGCAUGCCUGCAGCAUGGCUUACACGGCUCUACCUCAGCCUCAUGGCUAUAGACAGGAUCGCUGCCUUUAACCUGGAUGUCAAGAACACUAUCAUUAAGGAUGGGGAGAAGGAAAGCUUCUUUGGAUUCUCGGUCGCCCUACACAAGCAGUUGAGACCCGAACCCCUAAGUUGGCUUUUAGUUGGUGCUCCUCAGGCCUCAGCAUUACCGCAUCAACAUGCGGAACGAACAGGAGGUCUCUAUCAAUGUCCACUGACCUCCGAGUCAAGGGAAUGUACACGAGUGGAUAUUGACUCUGGAGUGCACAGGAGUCGAGAAAGUAAAGAAAAUCAAUGGCUCGGGGUAGUUGUGAAGAGUCAAGGUCCUGGUGGAAAGAUUGUGACUUGUGCCCACUUGUAUGAGUCUCGGCAGAGGGUGACGCAGCCUUCAGAGACACGAGAUGUUAUCGGCCGCUGCUUUGUUUUGAGCGAAGACCUCAGCAUCAGCGACGAUCUGGAUGGUGGAGAGUGGAAAUUUUGUGAGGGUCGACCACAAGGCCAUGAGAUGUUUGGAUUCUGCCAGCAAGGGAUGUCAGCCGGAUUUACUUCAGAUAACCAUUACAUCAUGUUCGGGGCCCCAGGAACAUACAACUGGAAAGGGGAGCUGCGGGUGGAGCUUUUUAAUCAGAGUGCUCUGGAUCUGGGCACUUACGAUGACGGCCCGUAUGAAGUUGCUGGAGAGAACAGCCAGAAACCAGAACUGAUACCACUUCCAUUCAACAGUUAUCUGGGUUUUUCAGUGGACUCAGGGUGGGGAGUGACAGGAAAGGACAGGCUGAGUUUUGUAAGCGGUGCCCCCCGGGCUAAUCACACUGGAGCUGUGGUUAUCUUACGUAAGGACAGUGGAAGCCAACUAAUCCCAGAGGCCACUUUGUGGGGAGAGACCAUAGCUUCAUCCUUUGGAUACUCGGUGGCCAUCGAAGACCUGAACAAUGAUGGGUGGAUGGACUUGCUGGUUGGUGCCCCAAAUUUCUUCUCACGUAAAGAAGAAAUUGGAGGUGCCGUUUAUGUCUACAUGAAUCAGGCAGGAAAACUGAACAGCUCACCUCCUCUUCGACUGAAUGGGACCGAUGGCUCCAUGUUCGGGAUUUCUGUUGGCAGCUUGGGAGACAUAAACCAGGAUGGUUUCAAAGAUGUUGCAGUUGGAGCACCAUUUGAUGAAAAUGGAAAAGUGUAUAUUUAUCAUGGGAGCCGAACAGGACUAGUGACCAAACCAGCACAGAUACUCCAUGGAAUAGGUGUUGGAGUGAGGACCUUUGGAUAUUCCUUUUCUGGUGGGCUGGAUAUUGAUGGGAACGGGUACCCUGAUCUUGCUGUUGGCUCUCUUUCUGACACAGUGGUCCUCUACAGGUCUCGCAACGUUAUCAGACUUCACAGAGGUGUCACCAUUAAUCCACAAAAUAUUGAUCUGGAGCAGCAGAACUGCAAGCAUGGGUCAGGCAUCUGCGUGGAUUUAAGGACAUGUUUCAGUUAUAACGCUGAACCCACCAACUACAAUCCCAUAAUCACUUUAAGGUGUGUUUUUGAAGUGGAAGCAGCCAGAAGACAACAAGGAAAGUCAAGCCGAGUAGUUUUCCUAAAAAGGCCAUCCAGUGACCCAGAAUACAGGUUUACUAACAUGCUGGAGCUUCCCCGGCAGUCAUCCACUCAAUGUUUUCAUGUCACGUUCCAGCUACAGGACGGUAUUAAAGACAAACUUCGGCCUAUCACAGUAGCACUCAAAUACAACAUACAUGAUGCACAAAACAACAGACAUUUGACUAGGGAGACGUUGCCUCCUCUCCUUCCUAUACUCAGCCAUGACGAUCCAGGGAUCUACACCACCGAGGUCAACUUUCUCAGAGAAGGCUGUGGAGAGGACAAGAUCUGUCAAAGUAACCUGCAGUUGAAUCACAACUUCUGUUCACGCAUUGGGAACACCAAUCAGUUUACACCACUGCCCAUGGAGGACAAGGUUCCAGUGUUUUCACUGACUGACCAGAAGGACAUAGCCCUGAAGAUCACCGUCACUAACUUCCCUUCUGACCAGCUCAACCCUCAGCUUGAUGGAGAUGAUGCUCAUGAGGCACAGCUAAUUGCAACCUUUCCGGACACGCUGUCCUACUCCGGUGUCCGUCUAGCUCCAGAGAGCACAGCAUCCUUUAUGGAUAAGACACUGGUGUGCAGCUCCAACGAUAAUGCAUCUCAAGCAAUCUGUGAACUUGGAAACCCCAUGAAGCGGAAUACUGAGAUCACAUUUUAUCUGAUCAUCAGCACCCCAGGGAUCACUAUAGAAACUACAGACCUGGAAGUGAAACUUGAGCUGGCCACGAUCAGCGAGCAGGCCAACCUUCCCGUUGUGCAUGCAAGAGCCAAUGUGAUCAUUGAACUGCUACUUUCUGUAUCUGGGGAGGCAUCACCACAGAGGCUGUAUUACAGCGGUGAGGUGAGGGGAGAAUCCACCAUGAAGACUGAAGACGAUGUGGGCAGUGCUCUGGACAUUGAAGUAACAGUAUCUAAUAGAGGCAAGUCAUUGCGUACAUUGGGGUCUGCCUUCCUGAACCUCAUGUGGCCACAUGAACUGAUUAACGGCAAAUGGCUGCUAUAUCCAAUGCAACUUGAGCUAAAUGGAAAGGAUCAAUCUGGGCGUGGGACGCACUGCAGUCCCACCAGUGCUAUCAACCCACUCAAACUGCUUAAAGCCAAUAAUGUACGAGAGGAGACUCCAAGUUCUGGACACCUGUGGCCGCUCUCCUAUCCCGCAAAGAAGAAAGACAUAGUUCUGGACUGUGCCAGGGCUACGGCCGGUUGUGUCAUAUUUCAGUGUCCUCUGCAUAGUAUCGAGGAGCAGGUGGUUUUAAGGGUGCAUGGAAGGCUCUGGAACAGCACAUUACUGGAGGAAUUCCCCUCUGUCAGCUCCAUGGAAGUGAUAAUCAGAGCAAAUAUUACUGUGAAGUCCACUGUGAAAAAUCUGGUGCUGAGAGACGCCACAACACAGAUUCCUGUGAUGGUGUACUCAGACCUCGUUGUGGCAGCAGUUGGGGGCAUUCCCUGGUGGAUUAUUCUUAUUGCUGUGCUGGCUGGGAUAUUGCUACUCUUACUCCUUGUGUUGAUAUUGUGGAAGUGUGGGUUUUUCAAGAGGAAACGUUACCAGGAAGAGAAGUUGCCACAGCACCAUGCUGUAAAGAUUCCAAAAGAGGAGAGGCCAAUGGUGUGGGAGGAGAAGACAGGGACUAUUAAAAAGAAGGACUGGGUGACAAACUGGAGCGAGGAUGGGUCAUUGAACAACUCUUCCUAACCUCUAUUCCUCUCUCUCCUGUGGAAUCCAACCCCUCUUCAAGACUACCCCGGUGACAGAAAGGCUUGGAUCCCUUUGAUGUUGGGUUCUUUCUAGUAUUUUAUUUCCGAUUGUAUAUAAAGUCAUCACUGGAUUUGAAGACAUUUCAGGAUUGGCUUAGCACUGCUGUUUAUAUCCGCCAGCUCCAGGAGAUUCAUCUGUGGCAUUAACGCAUUGCAAGUGAUGGAGCACAACUGAAAAUAUGCUUCCUUGUGUAUUUAUCCUCAAAUGACACUGCAUACAGGGGAAAACUAGAAAAUAUUGUGCGUUUUCCUCAAUAUGGAUCUUAAGUGGAUUUGUUACACUCUGUGGUAUUCAUAUCAUACUACCACAGAUUCCACUGACAAAAACCUUUGAUGAUGGGGAAAGACUUAUAGACAUUUGAGAUUCAAUGUAUAGGCAACUGGACACCAGAACUAAUGGAUAUCCCAUUGUGUUAAAUAUGUUUUACAUGAACUUGAAAUUAUGUUAUGCACAUAAGUGUUGCCUUACUAGCUCCUUGCUGCUGCCGCAUGUCUAUCCAAUUUCCAUAAUAGUUAUUCAGUUAUGCCAGAGUUGACAAAGAUUGAUGUCUUUUAUAUAUGUCAAACCAAAAGGGCUCAGUCCACCAGGCUCACCAAGCAUUUUAAUAUGAAGCCCUGCUACCUAUUCUACUGGAUUUGAAUUACGAGUAGCUUCCAGAAUAUUAUUUCAAUGAAUGUUUUAAGAACAUCUGGCAGACAGGGAUGGAUUUCCCAUACAGCACUUGCACAGAACACCAGACUUAAUGCCACAUCAGGAGACCAGUAGCAUUGGCUACUUGUUAGUCUUUUAAUUUCUUUCUCAUUUUCUGUCUGGUUUUUCUGACAAUUACCUAUUGUGCAUACGAACUGAUCUAGUGUUGGUUAGAAUUUGUGCCUAGGUAAGCUUGGGUUGUAGAUCUGGCCAUGUAAACAUCUUGCGCUUCUUCACUGUGAAACAUACCAAAGACUUUCUCCUGUUGUUUGCAGUAUCAAACAGGUAGAAUUUCAUAUGAUAGUUUGAAUUAAAUCAAAACCUAUAAAUUAGGUCUUGAUUCUCUUUAUAUCUGAUAUACACUAACAUUUGUCAUUCUUUCACAAUCACAUGCCCUCUUUAUCACACUCUUGUAUCUCUUCAAGGAGCACCCUGGUAACUCACUGUUAGCCCACGCGUUGUAGUAUUAUGGCUGAUAAAGUUGUAUAUAUUGCUUCAUUUAUGUCCUACAAAGUUUUGAGUCCAAUUAAGAGCUGUAUGAUCACCAGUAACAUCACUUGAUUCAUUAUAUGUGCCUUGAAACACCAUGGUGAAGUAUGAAACUUAAUUAUGGCGCAAAAAUGUAUAUUCAACCAAAUGAAUGGGAGACCUGAAAAAUCGUUUUUAUUUUAAUUUUUCCAUGAUGUGGAAGGGUUAGAAGAGGGCUGUACAACUCCAGUCUUUGAAGGCCACAAUGGUUUCAUAUACCAGCUUCAUUAAACUACUUGAUUUUUUGAUGAGAUACACAGAA